GAGAAAUUGGAGAUGGCAGAUGAUUCGGAUAAAGGGUCCGACGUUGGUAUCGACGAAGUGGCGAGAAUGGUCGAGGAUUUCGAUGAUUUGGAGAGUGAUUUAUUCGGUGGCUCAACGAGGAAUAAAAAUUCGGCUGAAGCUAAAAGUCGAGGGAGGGAAACUCAGAAAAAAGUUGCUUUCCAAGAUUUCGAGGAUGAAUCGCUAUUGGAUGACCUCCUCAGCGAGGGAAUGGACUCAGCAAAAAAUUCCAAACCCCUUUUGCGUGAUUCAAAGUCGACUAAAGUCGCCGAUUUAUUCAAAAUCGAGUCAGCUGAGUCCAGAGGGCUGUCAACCAAUGCUCCGGCGUUUUCUGAGUCAUCAGUGUCAGCGAAGCCUCCGCAAAAGGAUAUUUUCCUCGAAAAACAUUCAGAGAAAUUGAGUACGAAUGAUCCUCCGAGGUCUUUAGAGCCCUUCGAGCCCCCCAAGGCUGAAAUUCCAGAGGUAAAAAUGCCUGACAGGACUAAAAAAUCGUCACUGAUGGAGGAUCUGUUCGGCUCGAGGUCUCGAGCAAGCUCCCUGAAGGACAUUUCCAAAAAUUCCACAAAGAAGACCAACGAAACUGCGGAGAAAUUCUCUGAAUCAAUGCCGAAUCUCCUGGAGAGGGAUCAACUGGGCAAAUCAAGUUCCGGGGGAUUUACUCUAACUUCUUCUAGUUCCAGAGAGCCUAGGAGGGGGAGAGGCAAGUCCACGCCUGUUGAUGACCCUCUGGGGCUCCUGGCAUCGUCUAACACACCUCAGGAGCCUCAAAUACCUGAGAAAAAAUUAGAACCUGUGGAGAGAAAAACUCAGCCUCCUGACCCCCAAGACGACUUACCGGAGUGGUUGGGGGGUUCCAAGAGGUCUGAUAAGUCUGAAAUAAAGCCCCAAGGAGCAGAAACUCCCCAACAAAGUUUGGUACUUCAAUCUGAUAAAAGAACAUUUCCCCAUACUGAAAUCUCUCAAUUAACUGCAGUGCAGUUUGAGCAGCAGGCAGCACUAAUUACCCUCCAGCAACAAGAGCACGAGCUCCGAGCUGCCGCAGUUCUGUCCCAGCAAUCUGAACACUUGCAGACUAUCAUAAAUCGUCAGAAGGGUCAGUUCAACGAACAGGAGAGGAUGUUUAAUAUGCUCGUGAGGAAACAGAUGGACAGACAGGCUGCCCUCGACAUGGAAAUUAAAAUGCAGCAGGCGAAAAUCGAUCACUACAUUCAGGCACUUGCAAAGGAACCAGUGGACUCAUUACCAAAUUUCCACUCAGAAAACGAAGAAUUUGGUAUGACGAAGGAAGAUAAAUUGAGGGAAAGCAUUCCAAUAGAGUCUGAGGGUUUAAUCAAUAAACUAGAAUUGGAAAAGCAGAACUUGGAGAACAUAGUGGAUAUUUUGAAGGAGAAACAUGAGAGAGAGAUUAAGAUUCUCGAGGAGUCACACGAAACACAGAUGCAUUUCAUGCGCUCGUCAAUGGAGAGGCUCGAGACAAAAUUGCGAGAGGAUACUGAAACAUUGGAGAAAGAUUAUGAGAAGAAAAUUGAAAAAUUGGGGGAUGAGAAGAAUCAAAUGGAGGCAUUAUUCAGAGAACAGAUUCGCAAUCUCAAGGAAGAAUAUAAAGAAAUAAUCAACGAAAUGCAUGCAAGACAUAAAGACCAAUUAACACUGCUCCAGAACGAGCAUUCAGAGACAAUAGAGAACAUAUCACGUGCCAAACAAUUAGAGCGAAAGGCUGUCGACUUCAUGGAGUCGAACAAAACUAGUCUAGAAUUAAUACUAAAUAAUUCCAAAGAGAUUUUCGAUAAUUUUCAAAAUAUCUCGGAUCAAUUAAAAUCCAAAGAGACUGAUCUAAUCACUAAAAAAGAGAGGGAUCUAAUGAAGCUAGAGGAGCAAUUACAAGGACUCAGAGAACAGUUGAACUCCCAACAAGAGUUGUUGGAAACUGAAAGAAAGGGAUUAGCGAUUGCAGCUCAUAAUUUAAAGUCUGAAAAAUCUGAAUUGUCACUUCAAUUCCAGAGGAAUACUGAAUUGUAUAAUGAAACUGAAACGCGACUGAGGAUCAGGGAACAGGCGCUCAUUAAGGAGAGGGAGUUGUUCCAAGAGCAGAAUAAAUGGGAACGCGAUCACCUACAGUAUUUGAAAGAAGCAUGGAUGACAGAGCAAAAGAGACAAAUGCAACAAUUGGCUGCUGACAGAGAAGCCGCAGCUGCGGAAAAAGCUAAACUCGAAGUUUUGAAUUAUCUGAAGACUAAUUCUGAUGAUGUUACGAAAGGAGAGUUGGAGGCGGCUAUAAAAGCAGCCCACGAUGCAGCUCAUUCAGCAAAUCUCGAGAGAAAAAAAUGGCAAGAGCGAAUUAAGGCGUAUGAAACUGAUCGGGAGAGAAUUCUAGUUAAGGAGAGACAUUUAACAGAAAGAGCUAAAGAAUUAGAGGACCUUACUCAGUCAGCGAUAUUAAAACGCGAGGAAGGAAUGAGGGCCCUGAAAGAGGCUCAAAGAAUAGAAAAACAGCAUAAAGAACGAAUGAGUCAAUUGGAGAUGCAAAUGGAACUGUUGGCACAGCGAGAGAAUAAAAUAGCGACUGAAAAACUUUCUUUAGCGAGGGACAGAUUGGCUGUAAAAAUCCAUCAAGAGAAACCAGAAAAGGACGUGACUAAUAACUCAUUCCACAGUCAGGUCCACCAACCGUAUUACCUGUCUCAAAUGCAAACACAUUUCCGGGAUGUCGUGGAUCCUCAACUUCUACUGCUGAAAUUAAAUCUAGACAAUAAACUGGACACAUCAAAUCAAUUGAUAAGUGAUAUGCAGACAGUAGGCUAG